AUUACUGUACUGCUACUGAUGCCACGACGACAUUACGCCUUUAGUGGUGAAAGAAAGAGCGACCGACAUUUAUUACAGACCUCAUUCUACAGAAAAAGUAGAUGAGAAGUUCAGGUUUACAGUAUUUACAGUCACCGGGACUGAACCACGGAGCUGCGCGCGGUGAUCCACAGCACGGACAGGUGUUGUUUACCACAGAGGAGAGAAGAUGUGGAACUGCAGCCCCUGGGCUCUUCUACCUCCCAUCUACUCUGUGUUCACUGCUGCUGGACUGUGGGUGGUAUACUUUGUAGCUGUUCGCCAUGAGGUGAUAGCACCCCUGGGUUCAAAAUACAGGAGAAGAAAUGGAUCCUUUUAUCCUCCGUACAUUAGUAUUGCAGGCAACUCCCCUCCGGCCAGCUGCAUCUUCAGCGAGGUCAUGAACUUGGCUGCAUUUGUGGGGUUCAUCAUUGCCGUCCUCAGAUACCUUCAGCUCAAACAGAGAAUAGACAAACCGUGGCUGAACGUCAGUAGUCUGGUGGUUUUCUCUAUCGGCUGCUUUGGAAUGACUCUUGUAGGAAACUUCCAGAUUUUCACUGAGGAGAUGAUCCACAACUUCGGCACCUUAAUGACAUUUGGGCUGGGGGUGCUGUUCUGCUGGGUGCAGUCCUACAUCACCCUGAGAGUUAACAUAGAGAAUGAGGGGAGGAUGGCCAGCAUCAUUCGCUUCCUGCUGUCUGGAUCCGUCACUGUGUGCAUGAUACUCUACUUCUGCCUCAUGUCUCAGCGCCUCCACAUGCAAGCAGCUCAGUGUCAGUGGGCGCUGGUCAUGUUCUUCCUCGUCUUCCUCGGCACUUUUGCCAUCGAGUUCCGUCACAGCCGCUUUCGCACAGUGUGCACAGACAAUUUUGGGCGUGCAGUUGGCCUAUCGCGGUCUGAAGUGUCCGGGCACCAGACGGACCAACUGUAGGGGUGUGACACGGACUCGAGAUCCAAAGGUGUAACUGCACGAGACGACGCAUGUAUCUGCAACAUGCUUUAAGAUUAUUUAGAUGCAUUUAUUCCAUCUGAACAAGCUGCAAACUGUUACACUGCUGUUACCAGUGAUAAUCACCACCACAUGUAUUCAUGUUUGACUUGUUACAUAUUAUUUUUUUAUCUACAAGUAUUUAGCUUUUCUUAAAAGCUUCAGCAGAAAUCUGUUAUCAAUCCUUUUGCUUUGUAUGCAACUUCGUUUUGGUAAAUUGGUUUUACCGUUUCCGAACAAUUGUUUUUAUACUAUUACAAACUUCUAGAUUAUUUUUGUAUCUUUUCAAAUGUUUUAGUUUUGGGGGAUUGUGUGACUAUGGAUGUUAUGAAUUUCAUGUAGGUUUGCACACAACGCUGUCAGUAUCAAUAAAAAUACAGCAAAAUGUG